AUGAUUUACUGCACAGGUUGGGUGAAUCCCAAGUUAGAUAAUGAAGCUGAUGGGGGCGGAAAGAUGUGGGAACAGGAGAGGUGGGAAACAGAGAAGCAGGAAAAAGAGAAUGAUGUAAUGUGUCUGGGAGAGAUGUCGGAGAGUUAUGGCGCUAACAUACGACUCACUGGUGGCUACGACUCCUGUUCUGGUAGAGUGGAGAUCCUGUAUAAUGGUCAGUGGGGAACAGUGUGUGAUGACAACUGGGACCUGAAUGAUGCAGAGGUGGUGUGUAGACAGAUUGGAUGUGGUAAAGCUGUCACUGCUCAUCAAAGUGCCCACUUUGGUCAGGGAAGUGGUGAAAUAUGGCUGGAUGAUGUUCAGUGUUCUGGAAGUGAAAGCACCAUCACACAGUGCUCUCAUGAUGGAUUUGGAAAACACAACUGUGGCCAUGGUGAAGAUGCUGGUGUUACUUGCUCAGAUUCUGCUUACAUACGACUCACUGGUGGCAACAACCCCUGCUCUGGUAGAGUGGAGAUCCUGUAUAAUGGUCAGUGGGGAACAGUGUGUGAUGACGACUGGGACCUGAAUGAUGCAGAGGUGGUGUGUAGACAGAUUGGAUGUGGUAAAGCUGUCACUGCUCAUCAAAGUGCCCACUUUGGUCAGGGAAGUGGUGAAAUAUGGCUGGAUAAUGUUCAGUGUUCUGGAAGUGAAAGCACCAUCACACAGUGCUCUCAUAAUGGAUUUGGAGUAAACAACUGUGGCCAUGGUGAAGAUGCUGGUGUUACUUGCUCAGUGAACUUGCAGCAGCCCAAUAUCUCCUUCAGUGCUGCUGAUGGAUGGUACCACUAUGGGCCUGAAGGACCAGAAAUGAUCAGGGGCUAUGGCUUCUCCAUCAUCUGCUCCAAUGAACUUCAGUAUACAAGAGGUUCUUUCCACUUGGGGUUUAGUGGAUCCAACAUCUCCAGAUCUCAGUCAGUUGUUAACCACUCAGCUGUCUUCCUUUUUCCUGAAGCAGAUUUUGAUCAUCAGGGAAACUACAGCUGUACUUAUGAAGUUAAAGUGUCUUCACGUACCUUUAACUCCACUACCACAGAACCCCUUUUUGUUGCUGUUAAAGUCCGAGAGAUCAGGCUGGUGAAUGGUCCGAGUAAAUGUUGUGGUCGAGUGGAGAUCCAGCACAAAGCCCAGUGGGGAACAGUGUGUGAUGAUAACUGGGACUUAAAGGAUGCAGAGGUGGUGUGUAGACAGCUUGGAUGUGGUAACGUCACCAGCGCUCCUCGAAAGUCCCACUUUGGUCAGGGAAGUGAACCAACCUGGCUGGGUAAUGUUCAGUGUAAUGGAACUGAGAGCUACAUAGAUCAGUGUUCACACAGUAGAUUUGGAGUAGAGAACUGUGGACAUGAUGAAGAUGCUGGUGUCGUUUGUUCAAACAUGCAGAGUCCAACACUGACUCAGAUCUCCCCAAACUCUGUGGUCCUGCAGUUCACAUGUACCACACCCAGUCCAUCAUGCAUCUCUGUAGACUUCAGUUUGUAUAAAACUGGGACAUUGAUAAAGAAACAAACUGCAGAGACUACACCAACAUUUACUCUGACUGUAGAUGCCUCACAUCAGGGUCAGUACACCUGUGACUACUCAUACAGGGAAAGUGACUCCACAUCAUCCAGGAGCAACUCCAUUAACAUCACUGUGGUGAACUUGCAGCAGCCCAAUAUCUCCUUCAGUGCUGCUGAUGGAUGGUACCACUACGGGCCUGAAAAAACAGAAAUGAUCAGGGGCUAUGGCUUCUCCAUCAUCUGCUCCACUGAACCUCAAUAUACAGGAGGUUCUUUCCACUUGGGGUUUAGUGGAUCCAACAUCUCCAGAACUCAGUCAGCUGUUAACCACUCGGCUGUCUUCCUUUUUCCUGAAGCAGAAUUUGAUCAUCAGGGAAACUACAGCUGUACUUAUGAAGUUAAAGUGUCUUCACGUACCUUUACCUCCACUACCACUGAACCCCUUUUUGUUGCUGUUAAAGUCCGAGAGAUCAGGCUGGUGAAUGGUCCGAGCAAAUGUUGUGGUCGAGUGGAGAUCCAGCACAGAGCCCAGUGGGGAACAGUGUGUGAUGAUAACUGGGACUUAAAGGAUGCAGAGGUGGUGUGUAGACAGCUUGGAUGUGGUAACGUCACCAGCGCUCCUCGAAAGUCCCACUUUGGUCAGGGAAGUGAACCAACCUGGCUGGGUAAUGUUCAGUGUAAUGGAACUGAGAGCUACAUAGAUAGCUACAGUGUUCACACAGUAGAUUUGGAGUAG